AGGCGACUGUUUCAUCAAACGGAGGAACCGAGCAAGAAAGAGGACAUGGCCAUGUGGAGGACCGUUGGAGCUCUGGUGCUGAUACUACAAGCUGUGUUUGGACAGAGCACCAUCAGAUGGUGCACCAUCUCAGAGCAAGAACAGAGGAAAUGUCAAGCCAUGUCAGAGGCUUUCGCCCACGUCUCCAUCCGUCCGUCUCUCACCUGUGUCAACGGAGCGACAGUGGAGGGCUGCGUCCAGAAACUGCAGAGGAAAGAAGCUGAUGCCUUGUCCAUGUUUGGCACUGACGUCUACAAACUGGGGAAGACUGCCACCUUCAAGAUGGCCGCCAGUGAAUCCAAGCUUGAUGGUUUGGGUGCCUCGUACUAUGCUGUGGCAGUGGUGAAGAAACAGAACUCAGCCAUCAACAUCAAGAACCUGGCAGGGAAAAACAGCUGCCACACUGGCAAAGGCCGAACAGCCGGCUGGAAUAUGCCUUUGGGAUACUUCAUAGACCAGGGUUACAUGUCCGUGAUGGGCUGCAACAUCCCACAGGGUGUGGCAGAUUUCUUCAAUGCGAGCUGCAUCCCCGGAGCGAACGAGGCCGGUGACCCUGCGUCUCUGUGUGCGCUGUGCAGAGGAGACAUCGCAGGAAACAACAAAUGUGACAUGAGCAGCAAGGAGUUGUACUUCAGCUAUGAGGGAGCUUUCAGGUGUCUGGUCGACGGCGCCGGAGAUGUGGCCUUCAUCAAACACACGACUGUGACGGAGAACACUGACGGUCAUGGCCAGGACUGGGCAGAUAAACUGGAGUCAGCAGACUAUGAGCUGCUGUGUCGUGACGGCACCAGAGUCCCGAUCUCUCAGUGGAAAACGUGCCAUCUGGUCCGCGUCCCCUUGCGUGGCGUUGUGGUUGGCGAGGGCGUCGAUCCAUCUGCGGUGUACAACAUGCUGACAGAGGGGCUGGAAAAGUCAGCCUUUGCCAUGUUUUCAUCUACGUCAUACGGAGGAGGAACUGUGCUGUUCUCCGAGUCAGCCGCCCAGUUUCGGCCAGUGGAGUCAGACGACCCCAAGAAGUGGCUGGGGCGCCACUACUACAAUGCUCUGAGUGCCAUGGACUGUAAAAAGGAAGAUAUUCCAGAUUAUCUGCGGUGGUGCGUGUUGUCCAGUGGUGAGCAGCAGAAGUGUGCCGACAUGGCGAGGCACUUUAACGACAAGCGUCUGACACCAAACAUCAGGUGCAUCUACGGCGACUCCGUGACCGACUGCAUGGACAGAGUCAAGAACAACGAGGCUGAUGCUAUCACCCUGGAUGGAGGUUACAUCUACACAGCAGGCAAAGACUAUGGCUUGGUCCCUGCUACUGGCGAGAGCUACACAGAUGACACCGAUGGCUCCAUAUACUACGCAGUUGCGGUGGUGAAAAAGAGUAGCAGCGACAUCCGUAACCUCGACGACCUGCACGGCCGUCGCUCCUGUCACACAGGAUACGGUCGCACGGCCGGCUGGAACAUCCCUGUCGCCGCACUGAUAGAGAGAGGCCUGAUCAGCCCUCAGCACUGUCAGAUACCUCAAGCGGUGGGAGGUUUCUUCAAGCAGAGCUGCGUACCAGGUGCCAAUCAGCCUGGUUUCCCCAGCAACCUGUGCAGUGUGUGUGUGGGAGACGCCUCGGGGAGUAACAAAUGCGAGAAGGGGAAAGACCUGUAUGACGGAUACGAUGGUGCAUUCAGGUGUCUGGCAAAGGGAGAUGGGGAUGUGGCUUUUGUGAAGCAUUCCACUGUCUUCCAAAACACUGACGGGAACAAUGACGACUCGUGGGCAGUGGACCUCCACUCCACUGACUUCCAGCUGCUCUGCCUUCACAACAGUAAAGCUGAAGUCAGUCAGUACAGAGACUGUAACUUGGCGAGAGUCCCCUCCCACGCCGUAAUGGUACGACCAGACACCAACAUCCAUGCUGUCUACGGACUUCUGGACAGUGCACAGAAACACUUUGGCAGUGACACCAGUCCUGACUUCAGGAUGUUUGACUCCAAAGGCUAUAACGGCACAGAUUUAGUCUUCAAAGACUCCACUGUUCGCCUCAUUGGCGUCGGUGAUAGAAAGACCUACCAAGAGUGGCUGGGACAGGGCUACAUGGACUCACUGGUGGCGAUGGAGUGUAAUUCAUCGGGAUCAGUGAUGUCAUCUCUGUGGCUGCUGCUGCCGACCCUGUUCAGCCUCCUGCUGACCAACCUCUGGAUCUAAAGGCACAAAGCGUGACACAGGCCUCCUCUCCUUUUUUUUUUUGUGUUCUUCCUCACCCUCUCCUGUCUCUCUUCUGUCCUUGUUUGGGUCUCCUUCUUCAUGUUUCCUCACGUUUAACCACUUCUCACACAUUCAGGUUGAGACUUCCUAAGCCGAAUCAACUAAUCGAACCAACGCUGCACUUGUGGACACCCACGUCCUCCUGAGUGUGCUUUUUAAAUCCUUACUGAUCAUAUAAGUACAGUACAAGUUUUCACAUUUCGCGGUGGUGGAUUGUAACCAGGUUGUAAAUAGAGCUUCAAAAUAAAAAAAAGCAGAAACAGGAGCUGAAAACUAAAAAAAUAGAGUUGGCAUUUUAUUCUAGACUGCAUUUAAACUCAAAGAUGCUGUUGAGUCCACAGCCUUAAAAAGUCAGAACUAAAAGUGUCAAAAAAGGACUCAGUUGUGAACACAAACAUUUGUUUUGGCAUGUUUGACGCGAGUAUGUUUGUCCACUGUCCCUUGCCAUCCAUCCCCCAAAUGUUCUCAAUGGGAUUUAAAUCAGGGGGAACAUGCAGGAUGGUCCAAAAGAGUGGAUGGUCCAAAAGAGUGGGCCCUCAGUCAGGAGGGAUGCCCGCUGCAACGUCUCCACGUCACCAGCCACAAUCUGACGCCCCUGCACAACCUGAAGCUCCAUUAUUCCUCUGAAGGAAAAGACAACCCAGGUCGUGAUGGAGCCUCCAGAAAACAUCUCCAGUGGGAUCUCCUUGUCGUGUAAUGUUGGAAGCCAUCAGGACCAUCCAGGUUAAAUGUCCCAUGUUUGGUGGGGUUAGGGUUAGGGUUCCAUUGCAAAGUGCAAACAGGCAGGUUUGUGGCAUGGGAGGAGACAUGGCCUUUGAAGGCGUUUUUUUUCUUCUUUUAAGACCUUCUGUCGCAGAUGCCGUCUUAUGGUUAUUGGGCUGCAGUCAGCAUCAGUAAUGGCCUUAAUUUGGGUCGAGUAUCGGCCUGCGUCUUCGCGGACAGCCCGUCGCAUCCUCCGUCUCAGUGCAGGUGACAUUUUUUUGGGGUCUGCCACUUGACUCUUUUGUCCCGUAACCAUCAGGAUCUUUUAAGAAAUUUAAAACAACUGUCUUACUGCGUCCAACCUCUGCAGCAAUGGUGCGUCGUGAGAGGCAGCUCAACAGUCCUGCCACGGUCAAAGACAGAAAGCCCUUUUGUCUUUGCCAACAGAGGGUCAUGACAGUGCGAAUGCCUGACAUGGAAGCCGGAUUUUUGCAUAGCUUUUGACUUUUUAAGGCUAUGGUCUUCUUAAACAGCCUGUUUGAAUUUAAAUGCACAAUUUUUUACCUCAAUUUUUUUGUUUCUUGAUCCUAUUUUGAAGCUCGAGUUAAAAUGGGAAAUGUGAAUACUUCAGGAGAGUAUACUAUACUAUACUAUACUAUACUAUACUGUACUAUACAAUAAGACAAGAUGGCGUGUUGGAUUUAAAUUGUGCUGCUGUUGAAACUGAAGAAUAGAGUUAGAGAACAGUGUGAAUCAGGCUUGACGAGAGACGGUGUUGCUGCCACUUUGUUUACAGAAGGUGAGCUGCCAUAUCAGUGCGUAUGCUGCCACCAGUUACAUUGCUUUAGUGGGCAGUGUCUCUCCUCCUUUCUCCAUCAGUGUGACUUUCAUCCUCACAUGAAUCUCCACCUAGUUUGUCCCCAGUGGAGCCUUGCAAACGACUCCAUACAUGAAUCAGGGAAACCCACUUUAGUAUUUGGGGGGAUAUAUGUAUCCCAGUAUUUUGUAUACAUUUUAAAUACACCUCAAUACAAAAGAGGUACAUUUUAAGAGAAGUACUGCAUCAUUAAAGCGGUUUCUCCCCAUACCUGAAAGACUCUGAGCUGCUGCUGAUCCCAGGUCAACAAAGGUUUCAUGUGGGUAAAGAAAUCAGACUGUUGUUCUGCUGUUUUUCUUCUUCUUCUUCUUCUUCUGUUCUCAGACCUUCUUACUGUGUCCAGUACUAACAGACCUGUCCUUGGUUCAGGCUGUGUUUUUGAUAUAAGCUAAUGCCAUAUCAGUGAAUAUGCACUAGUGUUGCCUCCACACUGAGCUGUGCUGGGGAUUUUUUGUGAAGAUGAGUGAGAUCCAAACGCUUUAAAAUCCCAGAGAUAAGCAUUUGUCGGCUGCAGUUGAGUCUUGUCUCUUUAUUAUUGUUUUGUACUUAUAAUUAUCCACAGCAUUUUUCCUUUACUUCUUGAUUUAGGUGAUACGUUAAGAAGCAAAUGAAGUGAGGAUCUAAUUCACUGGUUUGGGGAGAACACCCCGUGGGGUUGUAGUGAGUUCGUUUUCAUAAGAGUGCAGAAUAUAUACUUUUACCUCACGCUUCCUCUUCCAAAUUUUAGAAGACCUUCUUCCUAA